AUGAGUGGCCUUCAUCAGUGUGUUGGUGCAAUUGAUGGGACACAUAUUCCUAUCAUUGCUCCAAAAGAACACCAAGUGGACUGUUCCAACAGAAAGCAUUUCCACUCUAUUGUGUUACAAGCUGUUCUAGAUCACAAUAGCAGGUAUGCCUAUCUUAAAAAUAAAAUUUAGUCACUUAUGCAUGACAGCAUGAGUCAAUUCCAGGAAUAACCAUCCUCCCCCCCCCCCAGAACACACCCGGGAAUUUGAUUUGAUUGGUUACGAUAGUGCAAAUGCCCAGGUGCAGGGACACUAAUGCACAGCCUUUGGGCAAGCUGAGAGUGGAAAAUGUCCCACCCUGGGGAUGAUUUUAAGCGUUAUUUAAACUUUUAAUGGCAUAUCGUGGGCAUAGUCAUUUAAUAACAUUAUAAUUAAUUAAACUGCUAUGGAAUAUUAUAAAACUUUAAUCUUGCUAAGAGUGGUUAAAAGGAUUUAAACAACGAAAUCAUAAGCCUUUAAUUAAUAGCUGUAUUUAUAUUUGCAUGGCACAGCUACUAAUUUUUGCAAAAGUUAUCCCUGUGAACUAUCUAUCACACAAAUUGCCGAGGGUAGGGAUGGUUACUCCAGGAAUUGACUCAUGCAUUAUGAUAAAAUUUUUGUUACUUAUUAUAUCGCUACACAGGGUGGUUGUAAUUUUUUGUUUGCUUAUUUAAGAAGAAAAACCUGAAAUCUAAAACUACCUGUCACCAUUUUUUUAAAUAAAUACAUGUUCAUGUAUUUUUAUGGACAGUAAAUACUACAUGUUACUUGUGAGGGGUUAGUUUUAAUUUUGAAAUACAUUUACAUCUUCUGUUUAUGUAGGUUUCAAGAUAUUUGUGUCGGAUGGCCUGGGCGUGUUCACGAUGCCCAUGUUUUGGCCAAUUCAUCUUUGUACGGAAAGGGCCAAAAUGGUACACUUUUCCCCAGGGUAAGGUAAAGCUUACUGUUUCAGUACAUUAUUAGUAUUAUCAUAGCAGGCAUGUCAUGUUUGUGAUUAUUAUCAUUACUUAUUCAGGAUACAGAAACAAUAGGUGGAGUUGAUGUCCCUAUGUAUAUCGCUGGUGAUCCAGCAUACCCUCUGCUGCCUUGGCUGAUGAAAGUGUACCGGAAAGAUUAA